UGUUUCUCUCUCCUAUACACCAAAGAGCAGGUUUCUUCUCAGACUUUCUGCAGUGAUGCUGUGUUUUAUGCUGGACUCCAUCCUGCCUCUGCAUGGCAACUGCCUGCUAAAACAAACCAAUAGAUCAGGAUUGUCAUCAGCUCCCUGCGGUGGUUUGGGGAUGUCUAAGAAGUUGAUGCUCUGUGUGUUUUUGGCCAUGUUCAGAUGCAUUUUUGCAUCUACAGAAGUUUGUACCAACUCCCUCCUACCAGGAGCAAAAGGAGACCAAGGUGAGACCGGAGAGAUGGGCGAGCAGGGGAAACAAGGGAAGGAUGGACCACCAGGACUUCCAGGUGAGGCUGGAGAAGCAGGACUCAAAGGAGAACUUGGUCUCACAGGAAAGAUGGGACCCAUUGGAGAGAGAGGUGACAAAGGACAAAGGGGUCUUACAGGACCAGUCGGUCUCAAAGGGAAAGCUGGUGCGACAUGUGACUGUGGGAGGUACAGAAAGGUGGUUGGACAGCUGGACGUCAAUGUAGAGAAGCUCAGGAAAACUGUCAGGUUCGUGAAGAACGUUGUUUUGGGCUUGAGGGAGACGGAGGAAAGGUUCUACCUCCUUGUGAAAGAAUCCAGGAAGUACCGAGAUGCAUCGCUGAACUGCAGGCUCAGAGGAGGCACCCUGGCCAUGCCGAAAACCAGCAGCCUUAACAGCCUCCUGCUGGACUACAUCAGCCAGGCAGGACUGACGGGGGUUUAUGUGGGAGUGCAGGUGCAAAGCAAAGACUUAAAUGGAACCAGCAGUUAUGUGUAUGCAGACUCCAGCCCUCUGCAGGAGUUUGCUGCUUGGAGCCAAGAGGAGAAGCUGCAUCCCAGAUUAUUUCCAACCACAAACUCCAGCUGUGUGGAGCUGCUCAGCACUGGGACGUGGGGUCAUGUGGAGUGUGAAACCGCCUUAUUUUUCAUCUGUGAAUUCCCAAAGAGCAGGAGAAGAGGAGGAGGGGGAGGAGGAAGGGGGUCGCUUGUUUCACUAUCAUAAACUGAAUCAAAACCAAACAUGGAAAUAAACGUCAUGUAACCAGACCAAUGGGGCGUUUGCGUCCAUUUACAGAUUUAUUCUGGGUGGGUGACGGGUUUGGAUGAUGUCAUGUUACUUUAUUCUGUAGUGACAGAAACACUGACACUGUCGUGUAUUUCCUCUGAUGUGAUCAAUUAUUAAACAUUUUCAAAUGCUUGCUUUUA